UUGUCGCAGACAAGAUUAAAUGAUAGGUGCAUUGGCGGUUAUUAAUGACCGUCGGGUUGCACAUCACUACUAAAGUCUAAUUCUAUCAUCAGUGCAAUUUCAAGCGACUAUAACAGCGCUAGUCCAAUCCUCCAACAGCUCCAAUCGCAUUGCGAGUCCACCAACUGCAUCCAUCGCUUGCGCUACCACGAUUUACAACGUGUUUUAUAUCACUAUAUUCUCACUGCCCGAGUUCGCACAUAAUUUACGGACUUCAUAAUUGGCAGUUAAAGCACAAUGGCCUAUACCGACGACUCAGUCCUGGCUCGCCUGUCAGCACUGAACGAGAGCCACGACAGCAUCGCAACAGCUGCGCAAUGGAUUAUGUUUCAUAGGAGACACGCGGAUCGUACCGUGCAGCUCUGGCUUCAACGAUUGAAGGACUCAUCAGCAUCCAAACGCCUUAGCUUAAUGUACCUGGCCAAUGAAGUGGCUCAGCAAUCGAGAAUUCGACAUAAGGAAGACUUCAUUACCGCAUUCGCUCCCAUCAUCGCAGAAGCUGUCGCCAUCGCAUAUAAAGGAGCUCCAGUCGAGCUCCAGAACAAGCUACGCAGAGUACUAGACGUAUGGAGAGAGCGCUCUAUUUUCGAGGCCCCUAUACAAGCAGCAAUUAAUUCAAGAUUAGAAGAAUUAGAUAAAGCCCGUGGUACGCCAAAAUCCGGCUUUGGUAAUUCUCCAUUUAGCGGAAAUGCUAUCCCUACGGAAUUCGCCAAAGUUAUCGCCCAGCGUAAGAAGGCACAAACACUGGCAACCCCUCUACAAGCUACGAUUGCCUCUGCCCAACAGGAAUAUGAGAAGCAAACCGAUACGUCUGUUGCAGUUCCAUCUGCUCCGGUCUAUGCAGCUCGCCUCAACGGUUUACUCAAAACCCUCGCCAACGCUGAGCACGCGGUUGCUGAAUGCGUCAAAACUCGAGAGGAGCUUGUGGCUGAAAUGGAAGCAAUGCUCGCCGUCGAGAGGUCCGCUCUUCAAGCAGAUACUGCCAGCGCUGCCAGUCUGGCCGAAAAGAAGCAGGAAAUUGAGAAGAAGAAAGAGAUGGUAGAAGUUGCCAUUAUGCAAGCCCUAGGACCGGCUAGCAAUGGGGAGCCUGUACUGGCUGACGGCCAGCCUGAGAAUGCCUCGUCGGAGCCCAACCGGCCUGAGAUGGAGGCCUUGACACCUCCUUCUGUUGAGCCACUCAGCCCUAUUGAUGCGCCAUCUCCUGGGGCUGGAUUUGAGGCAAAAACCGGCCAACCUCGCUCGAUGACCAUCAACACCAACGGCUCAAACAAGAGGCGCCGAGUAGAAGAUAGCGGCGAUUUUCCCGAUCUCGGGCCCAAUGAUGGCAUUGAUGCUGAUGUUGCAGAGAUGCUGGAGACUACAGACUAAUUUCACAAUCCAUGGGUCGGAGUCGGCGUCUGGGUAAUGAUGUUUAAGUAAAGUGUAGACCAUUUGCAACAGAGCAUUCGGCUAGGCCAAAUGGGAAACAUUUUCAACACGGUUUCAACAUAUAUAUGUAUAACUUUCGUGACUUUCUGUUAGGCACAAUUAUGUCUUCUGCGUAGUUUCAUCAACUCCGGUAUACAAUCUAUUUUUAUUUUCUUAUGGACCUAACGGCGUAAUACCUCUUCUGUUGUGAACCACAUGGGAAAAUCAUC